AUGAAUCCUUUGACGCUGGUGAAGCGCAUCCAGAAUAUUAACAAGAAAGAAGCUAGCUUGGGAAUAUCAGAAGAGGCAUCAUGGCAUGCUAAGUACAAAGAUUCGGCUUAUGUUUACGUUGGCGGCAUUCCAUUUGACCUAACCGAAGGCGAUCUGCUUGCUGUCUUUGCUCAGUAUGGAGAGAUUGUUGAUGUUAACUUAAUCAGAGACAAAGGCACUGGGAAAUCCAAAGGAUUUUGCUUUAUUGCUUAUGAGGACCAAAGAAGCACAAAUCUCGCAGUCGACAAUUUAAAUGGUGCUCAAAUUUUGGGCCGAAUAAUUAGGGUUGAUCAUGUGAGCAAAUACAAAAAGCUAGAAGAAGAGGAUGAGGAGACUAAGCAGAGGAAGAGGGAGGAAAGAGGCGUAUGCCGUGCUUUUCAGAAAGGGGAAUGUAACCGUGGAGAUAGCUGCAGAUUUUCUCAUGAUCAGCAGAGAGCAGCUGAUACUGGAUGGGGUGCCGAGGAAGAUAGACAUUCAAGAUGGGUACAGGACAAGUUUGAAGGAAGAACCGGGCAUUCUCAUCACACCUCAGGAUCCGCUCCUCCCGAAGCCCGAACAAUCAGUGACAAGCAUUUCCGUCCAAAGGCAACUGAAACUGAUCGGCACCGCGAUAGUAAAAGGUCGCACACAAACUACGCCGAACGGAAGGACUCCAUGGAAGAACGUGAUUAUAGAAAUGAUAAGAGGUCAAGAAAGUACGAGUCUGAGUCAUAUCACGGAGGUGACAAAUAUGGCAGAGAUAGUAGCAGUAGGUCGGGUCGUGACAGUCGGAACCAUCGUGCUCGUGCGAGAGAUGGACAUGAAUGA